AUGCCUCAAACUCGGCGCCACGUGGGCGAAAGGCGGAAGUCUUCUUGGAACAUGAUGUGCCGAGAAUGGCGGAAGCAGUUCACGAGCAGGCUGCGGAGCAGUACUGUGCAGUGCUGGACCUGUGGCAGGCUAUCCAGAGUGCCUUUUCGUGCUGCUGCACCCCGGUGGUCGAUUGAGGCCGCAGGCGGAAGCCUGCCUUGUGUCCUGCCUUGUGUGCUCCUCUCCCAAGCACGCUCUUGCCGCGAGGAUCUCGAGCAGGUGGCUUGGACCCUUCGCCGGCUCCGCAAAGAAGCAAGCCUAGAUCCCACACAAGCCAAGGACUUCUGCACAACUUUGCAUGAGGCUGUGGAGUUCUUGCACAAGGACGAAAGUACUGCAAUUGCCAAAGACGAUUUUUCUUUCAAGCCUUUGCUGACGGCUCCGUUGGCCAACACAGCGAACGCUGGGAGCCCCGCUGGCUUCUUGGAGGCCUUCACUCUUUGGAUCACGAUACAUGUUGUACUAGAUGUUCUUUUCGACCUGGCAUCAUGGGCGGAGCAGUCCAAUCAGGUACUGCAGGAGGCUGGGUUGGAGAAGCUCUUGCAGACAUGUGAGAAGAUUGUGAAGAAAAUAGAUCCUGAAUCGCCAGAGAAGCCACGCAAGCGUCGCCGAAUCACAGAAGCCGGAAACAGAAAGACGUGGACGUGUGGACUUAUAAAAGAUGCCAUGGAGCUGCCCUAA